UUUCUCUUUUUCUCUUCGUGCUCCCUUUGUCUCUUCCCAUUAUUGUUCGAAGAAGAAAGAUUCCUGAAAAAUAGGUUUCUCUGUGUUGGUGUAAUCCAAAUAUAAAAAGAAGUAUGUAUAUUCUUUUCCAUUUAAUAGAUUAUUAUAUUAUAUUAUAUAUAUACAUUAUCUGGAAUGCAUAUGCUGAAAUUUUGCGUGGGUUAGCCUUGAGAGGUUGAAAGACAGAAACUUUAUUGAAUCUUGGAAGAUCAAUUUGGAUCUUUGCCCAAUCAGCUAAUCAGGGUGUUGAAGGGGCAGAAAUAAAAGCCCAGAUUUUGUUGGGAGUGUUCGAGAAUAUGAGGAUGAUUUUGAGGUCAAUAAGGCGAUUUAGUUCGAGUGUUCGAUAUAGAGAUCGUAAUUUUUAUGGAUUUGUGGCACAAAGGAAGCUUUGGGUUGAUUCAAGACAACGGUCUCUGUAUAAACUGUCUAGCAAACCCGAGAUUAGUAUGUGCAAACACCCGUCUUCUAUGCUAUCCCGAGAUUUGGUCACGAGUGCUGCUGGAGUUGCUAAUAGAGAGCUAAACAGUGGAGGGCCUCUUGUGGAAUACGAAAGAAGAAUUGCUUCUGGUGACCUUUUCGACGGGGAUGCUUGCCAGGUAGGCACCUUGCGAGAACUUCAGAGACUUUACGAUGAACUAAACGAGAAAGCGGUUGAGUGCCGGUUGGACCGAUACGCUGCUUCUGAUAAAGACGGAAGGAGUAGAUGGUUGUGGUCUCGUUUUAUCCCGCAGUCUAGGUAUGCGCCCGUAAAAGGGUUGUACCUUUACGGGGGAGUAGGAACCGGGAAGACUAUGUUAAUGGACUUGUUUUACGAUCAGUUGCCGAGCAAUUGGAGAAAGAAGAGAAUCCAUUUUCACGACUUCAUGUUGAAUGUCCACAGUCGAUUGCAAAAGCACAAAGGCGUGCCGGAUCCCCUCGAAGUUGUUGCCGGAGAGAUCUGUGACGAAGCCAUUCUGUUAUGCCUCGAUGAAUUCAUGGUGACCGAUGUUGCUGACGCAUUGAUUCUGAACCGGUUAUUUGGACAUUUGUUUAGUAACGGAGCUAUUCUUGUUUCUACUUCGAAUCGGGCUCCGGAUAAUCUUUAUGAAGGUGGACUUCAGAGGGAUCUUUUCCUGCCUUUUAUUGCUACUUUGAAGGAAAGAUGUGUGGCACAUGAAAUCGGCUCGUCUGUGGAUUAUCGGAAACUGACUUCGGCGGAACAGGGUUUCUACUUCAUCGGGAAAGACUUGUCGGGCCUUCUCAUUCAAAAAUUUCUAAUACUUGUAGGACAGCACGAGCCCGUUCCACAAGAGGUAGAAGUUGUUAUGGGAAGGAAAUUGCAGGUCCCGUUAGGAGCCAAUGGAUGUGCAUAUUCCCCUUUUGACGAACUCUGUGACAGACCUCUCGGGGCAGCAGACUAUCUCGGAUUAUGCAAAAAAUUUCAUACACUCGCAUUGGAUGGAGUACCCGUCUUUGGACUUCACAAUAGGACUGCAGCAUAUCGGUUCGUUACCUUGGUUGAUGUGAUGUAUGAAAAUAAAGCCAGGCUGUUGUGCACGGCCGAGGGCUCUCCUGUGGAACUUUUUGAAAGAAUCGUAACGAUUUCCGAUGCCAAGUACAUCGCUCCGAGGUCUUCGAGAUCCGUGAAGAAAGACGAUAUUGACCUGUGUGUAGACAACGAGCUCGGUUUUGCAAAAGAUCGUACCAUUAGCAGGCUGACAGAGAUGAACAGCAGAGAAUAUUUAGAGCAACAUGCAGAGAUGUUUGGAGGAGAAAUGUAAUAGAUAGGAAGAGGAAGACAGACCAUUGUUGUGUUGUAGGAUUUUUUUUUUAUAUAAUAAUGUCGCAGGUUGAUCGUUUUUGUGGUCAUAAGAUCAACACAGUUAAUAAUGGUGUAGAAUCUUUAGUUUAGUGAACCAUUGUAACUAUGAUAUAUUCCAUUUUCAACAUUUUCCAUAGAUGAACAAGAUUGUAACAGUAAUUGAAUUAUUAUCUUUAUUUUUAUUAGUAAAAA